AUGGGCAGUCUUGCCGAAGGGGUAUCUCAAACUACCAUGAGUUUUCAGACUCAGGGUACCCUCGCCACUUUACUAGAUACUGGUAUUGGCCCUGACGACGACGUCGUUUCAGUAGUCUCUCGACAUGGAAUUGACGACACCCAUGCUCAUCGAGCAAAGUCGGUGGCGGCCGGUGUACCGGUGGAGGCCCACGAGAAAUUGGUUCUCGAAGUGAAGGGUCUUCAAGAGGCCUUGGGUAAGACCCAUUGCAUGCUGGAUGCGACGCAAAGCCGCCUUCAAGCGAUGGAGCAAGCUCAAACUCGGAGCGAGGCUCAGUUGGACUUGCUGAUUCGUCUACAUCAAUUUGGGGCAAUUCCCUUGUCGUCGGCGCAAGCUCCUCCAUGUUCACAUGGGAAGGAUCCCGGUACGGCUUAA